GUUUCUUCUUAAACCAGAUUUUAUGCGGAGACCAGACCGAACAUUUGACCCUUUUUCCGAAACUCCUGUAGAUGGUGUAAUUGCAGCAACGUGUUCAGUACAGGUAAUAUCUGGCCAGUUUUUAUCAGACAAAAAAAUUGGCACUUACGUAGAAGUGGAUAUGUACGGCCUUCCUACUGACACGAUACGUAAAGAAUUCCGAACACGGAUGGUGAUGAACAAUGGUUUGAAUCCUGUUUACAAUGAAGAAUCAUUUGUAUUCCGAAAGGUUAUCUUGCCCGACCUUGCAGUCUUGAGGAUAGCUGUUUAUGAUGACAACAACAGACUGAUUGGCCAAAGGAUAUUGCCUCUAGAUGGUCUUCAGGCAGGUUACAGACACAUUUCGCUUCGAAAUGAAGGCAACAAACCAUUGUCUCUACCAACAAUCUUCUGCAAUAUUGUACUCAAAACAUAUGUGCCUGAUGGGUUUGGAGAUAUUGUGGAUGCCUUGUCAGAUCCAAAGAAAUUUUUAUCUGUCAUGGAGAAAAGAGCAGACCAGAUGAGAGCUAUGGGGAUUGAAACGAGUGAUAUAGCAGAUGUUCCAAACGACACUUCAAAGAACGACAAGAAAGGCAAGGCUAACAAUCCGAAAGCAAACGUUACCCCUCAGACCAGCUCUGAACUUAGGCCAAAUACCACUUCUGGUGGGGGACCUGGAGUGGAAACUAAGAAAGGUAUAGAACUUAUUCCUCAAAUAAAGAUAGAGGAUUUAAAGCAAAUGAAGGCAUAUAUAAAGCAUUUGAAAAAACAGCAAAAGGAGUUGAAUGCUUUGAAAAAGAAGCAUGCAAAGGAACACAGUAUUAUGCAGAAGUUGCACUGCACACAAGUUGACAAAAUGGUGGCACAGUAUGACAAAGAGAAAUUAGCUUAUGAGAAAAUCCUUGAGAAGGCAGUCAAGAAAAAGGGAGGAAAUAAUUGCCUGGAGGUGAAAAAAGAAAUUGAAAAUAAAAUUCAGAUACUAACUUCAGAUCAUAAAUCUAAGGUAAAAGAAAUUGUGGCUCAGCACACAAAAGAGUGGUCUGAGAUGAUCAACACACACAGCGCCGAAGAACAAGAGAUGCGUGAUUUGCAUCUGAGCCAGCAAUGUGAGUUAUUAAAGAAGCUGCUAAUUAAUGCUCACGAACAGCAGACCCAGCAACUAAAGCUUUCGCAUGACAGAGAAAGCAAAGAAAUGCGUGCCAACCAAGCAAAAAUUUCUAUGGAAAACAGUAAAGCCAUAAGUCAAGAUAAAUCUAUUAAAAACAAAGCGGAAAGAGAGAGGCGUGUCAGAGAACUGAACAGCAGCAACACAAAGAAGUUUUUGGAAGAAAGGAAGCGGCUGGCAAUGAAGCAAUCAAAAGAGAUGGAUCAGCUGAAAAAAGUCCAGCUUGAGCACCUAGAAAUUCUGGAGAAGCAAAAUGAACAGCUUUUGAAAUCCUGUCAUGCAGUCUCUCAAACUCAAGGCAAAGGAGAUGCAGCAGAUGGUGAAGCUAGAGGCAGAGAUGGAUCGCAGGCCAGCAACAGUGGUAUAAAGCUGUGAGGUGAAGACUGACGUCUGACAUUCCACCUUGUGGCAGUCCCGAUGCUCAUUCACUGAGGAGUAGGAGGCUGGCUCUCUUCUGCUUCGUGUCAAGUGUAGCUACGCAUGAUUGACAAGCAGCUUGGAAAUUAACAAACAAAACAAAACAUUGUUUCUUCUUUUUAAACAAAAACAUUUGGACUGUGCUGUAUUUUAUUUUCCU